AAUAUUAUGUAAUGCUAUAAACCUCAAUCCGUAUGUGAAGCUCAUAGCUGCUCAUGGUCUGUCACUGCAUCAUCUAUAAAACCAAACAACGAGCAACGUGGUCGCAUGGUGAUGCUUCCUGGACCCCAGCUCUUUGACGACGGUUGGAGUUCGCCGCCCCACAGCUUUACCUCCAUCGGUGAGUCGCCUUCAGCACCAUGGACAGAGAACCACACGGCGAUUGGAUCAACAAUGCAACGUCAAGGAUUAGAGUAAUCCGCCUAUUGGUGUGAAUCGAAGUGACGGCGGAUCGAAGCGCCGUGAUUGGUCGGGCAAGUUGGGCUUUAUUACGAACGGCUCAGAACAAACUAUUGUGUUCGUGUAAUAGUUUGAUAUCUUGAGAUCUGCCGAUCGCAGGUGCUGCAGCGUCCGAGGGACAGUGAAGGCAUCACUGGAGGCUGCGUCCUGGGAACAGAGGAGCGGCGGCUCUGGAGGAGCUUGGACGAACGGAGGGAAAGGCCCAUUUAGGCAGGAGUCGUCAUCGGCACCGUCAUCAUGGCAGAGCCAAACUUCCCCCCGCUGCCUGGAUUCAUCCCCAUCAAGCCGUGUUUCUACCAGGACUUUGAGGAGAUCCCUGAACAGCACCGCAGCAUGUGCAAGAAAAUGUACCACCUGUGGAUGUUGAACGGUGCCACACUUGCAGUAAAUCUCAUUGGCUGCUUCGCUUGGAUGUUCGCUGGCGGUGGAGUGACCAACUUUGGUUUGGCCAUAAUCUGGCUCCUUAUGUUUACUCCCUGCUCCUAUGUCUGCUGGUUCAGGCCCAUCUACAAGGCCUUCAAGACCGACAGCUCCUUCAACUUCAUGCUGUUCUUUUUUGUUUUCAUGGCUCAAGUUGGAAUCAGCAUCAUUCAAAGCAUUGGCAUCCCUGGAUGGGGAGUGUGCGGCUGGCUGGCGACCAUCUCCUUCUUCAGCUAUAAUAUUUUGAUUGCACUGAUCAUGCUGGUCCCUACCAUCAUGUUCACCGCUGUGGCGUCACUGUCCUUCAUUGCUCUCACCCGGAUCCAUAACUUCUACCGUGGGAGUGGGGCCAGCAUGUCCAAGGCUCAGGAGGAGUGGGCUACGGGAGCCUGGAAGAACCCCCACGUCCAGGCGGCCGCUCAGCAGGCGGCGAUGGGGGCAGCGGCCGGAGCCAUGCACGAUCAAUACUCCAGCCCCCAGUACACCGACAACCAGAUGUAGCCUCCUCCAGCCCAGCAGCCACUCAGUCGUCAGUUAGGCCGGCGCUGGAGGCAAUCACACGUCUCUCAGGAAUACUUUCAGUCAAAAAGGUUAUUUGCAUACGUUUGGAUUGUUUUUGUUUUUAUAUUUGUUCACAUUUAGCACUGAUGGUGUGACGUGAGUUCACCAUUUUCCAGGUAAAUAUCUCAGUGGGAUCUUGGUUUUCGCCUUCCUGCAGGGGCUUGAUAGUUCAUUUCUUCUCUUCUUUUAGAGUUUUAUAUUAUUUCACGUUUUUUCUUUUGUUUUUAUGGGACUAGUCUCGAAUGUGGAUAACUUUAGUGGCUCCAUAGUGAGGCCUCUGUGCUUUGUGUUGAUUUGAUCUCUUUAUGUGGAGCUUAAUUUAUAGGAAACUGAUGGGUAAAUGGUGACAUAAUUAUUAGGUUGUAAUGAUGUUACUUGUUUAUAAAGCUGUUUAUUUCAAACUUUCAAGUAAACCAAAGUUCAUAGUUUCAUCAUCCAUCUAUGCAGAUUAAUAACGUUUGCACUGUGAAAUAAAAUCAUGUUGCAAUGUGGAAAAUAAAAUCUGUGAAUAUUACAAUAAAAACAAGAACUAUUGCAAGA